UCUCGUGUUGCAUCGUUCGCCCACGACACUGCAGCAGCAACAUCCCUCUUCCGUGGUCUCAUAAAUGUCUUCCAGCGCCCCCAAUCAAUGCGUGCAAAUGGGUGCGACUGAGGCCCAUGUCCGAGCGGAGAUUUCUAGCUGAGAUAGGGUAAAGAUUCUGCUUUGUCUCGACCAUGUCGAUCGCCGCGGCGUUGGUUGUGGUUCCCCUCGGCCUUCUUUUCCUCCUCUCGGGGUUAAUCGUGAAUCUCGUCCAGGCUAUCUUUUUCAUCACAAUUCGGCCUUUCUCGAAAAGUCUUUACAGGAGGAUUAACAGAGUGGUGGCGGAAUUACUGUGGCUCCAGGUUAUCUGGCUUGUUGACUGGUGGGCUGGUGUCAAGGUCCAGUUAUUUGCGGAUUCAAAAACUUAUGCAUUAAUGGGUAAAGAGCAUGCACUUGUCAUUUCAAACCAUAAAAGUGACAUUGAUUGGCUUGUUGGAUGGAUUUUGUCUCAGCGGUCAGGUUGUCUUGGUAGCACGUUAGCAGUGAUGAAGAAAUCAUCAAAGUUCCUGCCAGUUAUUGGUUGGUCAAUGUGGUUUACUGAAUACCUCUUUCUGGAAAGAAGUUGGACCAAGGAUGAAAGCACCCUGAAAUCAGGUUUGCAACAAUUAAAGGACUUCCCUAGACCAUUUUGGUUGGCUCUUUUUGUCGAAGGGACACGUUUUACACCAGCAAAACUUUUAGCAGCACAAGAGUAUGCAACUUCACAGGGUCUCCCAAUCCCUAGAAAUGUUCUCAUUCCUCGUACCAAGGGUUUCGUUUCAGCUGUAAGUAUUAUGCGAUCUUUUGUUCCUGCUAUCUAUGACGUAACAGUAGCUAUUCCUUCAGAUCAACCUCCACCAACAAUGUUUAGGAUUCUAAAAGGCCAAUCUUCAGUGGUACAUGUCCAUAUUAAGCGGCAUGAAAUGACUGAUCUACCUGAAACAGAUGAGGGAGUGUCACAGUGGUGUAAAGACAUAUUUGUGGCUAAGGAUGCUUUACUGGAUAAACACAAAUCGGAGGGCACUUUUGGUGUUGAACCAAGACAACUUGGUCAGCCUAUAAAGUCUUUGCUGGUGGUGGUAUUUUGGUCGAGUCUUCUGUCAUAUGCUACAUUCAGAUUCUUCAAAUGGACAGAACUCUUGUCGACAUGGAAAGGAGUUGUGCUCACCAUAGCAGCGGUUAUACUGGUUACAAUAGUUAUGCACAUUUUUAUCCGUUUCUCACAGUCUGAGCGAUCAAGCACAGCCAGAGCUGCACGGAACCGAGCAAAGAAAGAUUAAGCAUUCUUCAUAACAUUGAAGCAUUUAGCCAGUCUAUUUCAAAUAGCAAAUUUGAUGUACCUCUUUAAUUGAGAUUAUUAAUCUACAAUCCUGAUAUGAUCUUUGGCUUUUUUGAUGUGGAAGAUAUGAUCACAUCUAUAGCUGCUUGCCACUUGAAUGUAGUAAAUUGUGAAAGCACUUUCAAGAGUCAAUCGUACUGUCACUACCUCAUUAGGAUGAAUCAUGGAAAUUGCACUUUACUCCA